UUAUUCUUUCACUGUCUUAUGUUAUUGCAAUUCUGGUUUAGUUUUAUCUGUAACACGUAGAAAAUUUCGAGCGCGCAGUCUUGUUUAAAGCAAUAAUAUUUCAGCACAGCUCAAACGCCAAAAAUAUACACUGCACUCGAAUUUUAAAGGCAAAUAAAUGUGAACGUGAAAGUACUUUAGCUUUACCAGUUUUACAAAAAAGAAACUACUACUUAUAACAUCAGUGCUAGUCUGCUACUCUUCGGACAAUGGUUACCAAAGCGGCACUAUGUAGAGCGAACAAACAUUGAUUCAAUGCUUGAGUAGUUCAGCGACUGCGUUAGCGUCGUUUUCCAACUACGCUCUGUGUGUUGCACUCGUUAUCCAACCACAGCACAGUCUCGACACUGAGAUACUUUGCAAUCUUAAAAUGAUCUACACGUGUUAAUGUUGUCGUAGGAAAUACAGUUUUAAAUGAACUACACGAUUGAUGGCUUAAACUAAGGUUUAUAGUUUAAAGAAGGACACUGUGAUAAUGAGAGUUUUAACUCGGAGACGGUUAAUGUGAGCGCGCGUCGCUUCGUCAGUCGGCAAACCGCCCGGGCGGGCGCCACACGACCGGAAUCUGCGCGAGCGACGAGCGGUGCCAACGAAUAUAAAUUUCAGUGAAAUAAAACACGCAUCCGCGUACCGCUGUAACGUAAAAUGCGAGCGCAAGAUUCUGUGAAUCAAAUACGAGAAAAGUGAACGAGCCUCGAGUGCAGAGUACGACGCCACACGUCGCACUACGAGAGAGCGAUUAGGGUUUAUAUAACUCCAACGACGAAAACGAUUCGAGCUUCGUGCUGUAGAAACUCUCAGCCCCUCGAAAUAUUGUAUAGAAUCGCUCGGUGACUGCCAGGCAUUGACACAUCACUGCACUGCUCUUGUAUGAUAAACGUCUUAGAAAUAAAAGAUUAAAAAAAAAAAACGAAAAAAAUAAUAUAAUACGAACUAACGCCCUCUCGGUGGCCACGAAGAGGGAUAUUUAUUAUACUUUAUUAUUAUUAUUAUUAUUAUUAUAUAUGCAUAUAUAAAUCGGAGAAAAGUGAUCUCUAAAGUGACGUCACAAUAUUAAUUGAAUUGUGAUCUUGUUAAUUAGUUAGCCGUGUCGCAUUUCGUAUUGCCCGUAUUUAUUGUAGUUAAUAUUCUUUUAUUACGUUGUAAAUAUCAACAAUAUUUAUAUGUUACAUGUGACAUCGCGUUAUACUAUAAUACUAGUCAUCGAUCUAGUGUGUGUUUAUUGUAAAAUCAUAAUUUAAUUGUUACUAAAAGAAAUAAUUAACGAAAACUUCGGUCGAGUGCACUGAAGGCAAGAAGGGAAUUCGUGUUUGAGAGCAAGUUACGUAACUGUCAAGAUGCAGACUCAAUUAGGAUCAGGCAAUGAUCUGCAGAGGAGCUACAGGAUCCAGGACUUCGCCACGCCUGGCGUCAUCAUGAGGGAGCGGAGCUUCGUACGUCCUCAGUCGCAUCACAACAUGCAUCAUCACCAGUUUUCAAAUAAUGGGAAACGACGGAGUAUGAUCCUCACCAACGCAAAGGGAAAACCGACUCUAGAAAUCUACAGACCACCAGGUGUCCGCACAGACGGCGUGGUGUCAACGAACGCUGGUGCCGCCUGUACGACCACCACGGCGGCCGGCAGUGGUGCUGCGGCCACCAACAAGCUGAAUGUGCACGCAAAGGAGUUCACAAUGGCGAAACCGAUUGACCUACACAACAGAGGGGCAUUGGGCGUGGGGUACGCUAGUGUGGGACUGCAGCACUCCAGGUCGGCGGUGCUGCACGCGCAGGUGCCGCCCCACUACCGACCCGUGAUGCCGCCUCACGCGCUCCUCAAUAGCGCCUCCAGCGGGAACGUGCCACAUGCACAGGGGCCACGCGUGCACUUCAAGCUGCAACCACAGACUAUCAUUCCUGAGAAGAAGAAAUCCCCUCCGUCGUCGCUGACGAAUGGUAACGGGAAGAGCAUCCGUCCACAAUCGUUUACACCAGGAUUGAAAAGGUCAAAGUCCUUAACGUCAGCGGAUGCACUCGCAAGUGGCAUGGCGGCCCUGGGUCUGGCAGCCGACGCCGGCGACCUUGGUACAUUCCCGCCGGAGAUUCAAGAGUGUAUUGAUAAAGCCCUGGAAGAUCCGAAUGCUGUGUGCGCCCGUACCCUGAUGGACGCUGUGGGGCACCUGGUCUCGCGCGCAGUGGAGUCGCCGCGGUACGCGCUGCCGGCCGCCCGCCGCUGCAUCGCCGUGGUUGAGCGCGAGCAGACGGAAACCUUCCUCGAGUCGCUGCUUAACACGUGCCAGCAAUGGUACCACGAUAGGGACAAGCUGUUGGGCGCGAUGAUCGGCGGUGGUCGACCUCGGUUGAUGGCGUUCCUGUCGUUCUUGCUGGAGAUGUACUGCCAGCUGCGGCGCCGGGCCAUCCAGCGACGGGGAGCCAGCGCCCAGCCCGGGCACGUGCUGCUCGCGCUCAUCUGCAAGUGCUGCGAGGACUGCAUCAGGCAGCCGGUGCCUUCUGCUAGUGAUACUGAGAAUCUGUUCUUCGUACUGACGUACAUAGGCCGAGACUUGGAAACUCAGCUACCUGGAGAUUUGGAGCGAUUACUUACAGCCGUCCGUGACGCUUUCCUCAAUACUGCCGCGGCUCCUUCCAUCAGGCGUACUUUACUGCAGCUUAUAGAGCUUCACGCAUCCCGGUGGCAGUUACCAGGAUGCGCAGUUCUUUAUUACUAUCCUUCGUCCAAAUAGCACGCUGUGCAAGGUGGUAGGUUGCAAUGAUAUUGUCAUCCAUAUAAACCUAGAAUCGGAUGUUCGUUAAUAUCUCACAUUAUGGAUAUUAUUGCAGGGCAUAUCAUUUUAAAUCAUCUUUGAUGAUUGGCCUUAUUUUAGAGCUAAAUAAAUUAAUAUAUUUAGACGGAUGAGGGUUUUAUCGUGAGUAUCUUGAUGUGAUGGAAGUCGCGAACUGAAUUUAAUCUUGUGGGAUUUAUAGAUUCUUUGUUAUUCUCACUAAGAAAGGAUCGUGUUUCAAAAAGCAAAGGUUACGAGCAUUUCUUAAUCGAGUGUUCGCUCGUGUUUCUUUCUUAGUACUGUUGCGUUAGUUAAUGUACAGGAGGUAUGGAAUUGUCUUCUGUCGUAGGCAUAAAGCUGCCAUAAGCUCAUAUUAUUGUGCCUUUAAAAUAAUUUAAUGGAUAUUUAACAUUUUAUCGUCACUUUCAUGCAACAAAUUUUAAUAAAAAUAUUGAAAGUGUGGUAAAGUGUAGUAUUUAUAAGAUUUUGUUAUUAGCUUAAGGUGGAUUCGAAAAAAAAAUCUUUAUGCCUGGAAAGUAUUAAAAAGGUACAUUGUAGAUUAAUUUGUUUGGACAAAUUGACAGUGUACACUACUGUACGAUUCUCGCAUAGUACUUUGUGCAUUGUAUCCUUGUCGUAUUCUAAUUUAGGUAUACAUUGCCAUCUAUUAAUAGCACUAAAUAUCUUGCUUGUUGUAUCGUUUGCAUAGGAUUCAAUUAUGUUUAGUAAUUAAGUUACAAUGCACUUAUUCCCAACAUAAUUUAGUACUUCAUUGCACUCAGGUAUUUAAUUUAUGUUUCAAAAAUGUUUUAGGAUUUGUAUCAAAAUUAAAAAAAUAAACGUUUGACUGAAUUGUUUGUGGAAGUGAAACUAUCUCUGUUUUAUGCUUGUGAUAUUAUAAAUUUAAGGUUUCUGGUAUAUUUUUUCUGUCCUAACCAAAGACUGUAAUGAAUGGGAUAUUUCGUUUUUAUUUUUUAUUAACAAAAAAGAAAACUUGUUGAAGCUGGACCAAAUUUCUUGUUUCGAGCUCAUUAUCUGAGGUUGUGUACGAGUGAGCGAGGAGACGUUCAUUAACUUAACCUUAGAUAGCUCUUAUCAAUAUAUAAUUAUCAAACUAAUUUAAAUGAAUAAUAUGGGAAAUAUAUUAUUUAAAAAGACCUUUGACUUUUCAUAAUAAUGCAUUCUUAGCGAUUUAAGUUAAAAAUACGUUUGUAGAAAAAAGUUGAAAUUAAAAAAAUGAUGCUAACAAAAGAGAUAUUGGUGUAUUGUAUCUUUAUUCAUUAAUCUUAUUACGGGCAAUAACGUUGUUUUUUGUUACCGCUGUAGUUUUUGUAUGAAUAAAGCACUUAAAGGAUUAUAACAAUAAAAUAUUAGAAAAUUAAAAA